AUGUCUCAGGUUAUGUCAGGAAAAGGAAAUUAUUGGCGAAAGCUGAAAGGUAGCAUACUGCAGCACAUGAUUUGCGCGACCGAUGGCCAAACUCACUUUAAAGCUCUAACAAUAAUUAAUGAAGAAUCUAACUUGAAGAAAAAAUACUACGAUGCUGCAAAAACUUUGCUUAAAUGUGCAAUCACAUCUGUGAAGUCGAAGUCGGCUGCAUUGCACUAUGAAAACCAAGUUGCGUUUGCCUAUGCUGUUGGUGCCCAAGUUGGCCAAUGUGGCCAUUCAAGGAAACUCUUUCCUGACCUCGUGAAAUGUUUACUUGUCGCAGUAAACGAGAAAACAAAAGAAGAAAUCUAUAAGUGCUUGCCAAGUACAGGCUUACCACCUCAUUAUUAUAUGACAGUGGACAAAGCAACGGUGAACAAAAGAUCAAACCAAGCUGUUUUGAUCUGCCCCAUGCUUUCUGGUCGAAGAGUGGCAAUUGCUGUUGCAGCUCCCGAAGUUUACAGUAGCAAGGAAGAUGGCAGUGUGCAAGGAGGAAAGUUAAAUGAUUCUGCUAAUCAAGCUUUUGGUGUACUGAAGAAAGCAUAUUGUAUACUGUAUUCUUCUGAUUACUUGAACAUUAAAUUGAUGAGUGAACAUUAAAUUGAUUGAAUUUGAUUAUGGAUAAACUUAUUUUCUUAUACAAGGAGUCUCGGCAGAUGGAGUUUACCAGGCUAGUGGUUUUCAAGAUAUCGUAGGCGGAAAUAGUACCAAAGAUUGCAAAUAUCUCCGAAAAGUUGGCUGGGAUGCAGCACACUGGAUAGACCUUGCUGUCGGUGAUGUCAAAGAGGGAAAAGUUGGAACGUCAAAUCAAUUUUUCUCAAACUUCAUUUCACGUACAAAUGCGUUUGCGGACUCGUUAAACAGGGGAAAAGGUCAUUAUUAACCAUUACCUACUGCUGUAUAUACAAACAUUUAUUGUUUAUCGAUAAAUUUAGUUAUUAACGUGUAUUUCCAUAUAGGACGAAAUAUACUGGAGUCCACGGUAAAGAAACUUGGCGUUAGAGCAACUGUCUCUGCUGUUUACUCUCAAACACGCUUCUCUAGUUCUGCGUUUGUUCAAUGGAAACGUCUUUACAAAUCGUAUAGACUUUUUGUGGAAGCUCUAACCGAAGCAUCUGAUGAAAUGAACAAAGAAGAUCCACCAUUACAGUAUAAGGUGCAAGGUCAGGUAAGUCAGAAUUUAGCUUCCAUUUUGUUCUUGACCUGCCUUUUUUAAUGUUUGGCAUUCAUAAUGUGUUAACAUCGAUUCGAAAAGCGUAGUAUUACUGAUAAGGUUUUUGUGCAAUCAUCAUAACUGUAUAAAAUUUGCUCAAUUACAGGAAUUCCCUACUUAAAAACACUGUUAUUUCCUUCUUUUUUUUAGGACUUUGUAACUGAUUUGCUCCUUAUGCUCGACUUAUUCGAACCCGUUGCGUCCAUAAUGAUCGAACUUCAAAGCAUCUCUGUUCCGGCGUGGAAGUGCUAUCGAUGGAUAAGACAGCUUGUUGACUGGCUUUAUUGUGCAUGCCAUGAUUGCUAUGAAGGUGGAAACCUGGAUUUUUUUCCAAAGAUGAAGGAAAACGCCGAGGUAAUGUGAGAUUGUGAGGUGCAUUUGCUCAUACAUGUUGAAAAAUUGAAACGUAUACGCAAAUUUUCUAUUUUUUAUCUAGGACAUCCUAGAUAAAGAUCCAGGAAAUGAAGAUGUAUUGCUAAGACCAGUGUUCCAAAACAUUGAGCUUUGUGUUGGGUGGAAAGUAACAGGGCAAGAGGUUACCCACGACCACCACGCCAAUGGAAAAAAUUCCAAGAAAGCAAUCCUUGUUAACUGGGAGGAGCGCACAAUAGAAGACUCCUUCACCGAUGUGAGGAACUUUGCAACCGAUCUUGCUACUUCAUUGGAUGCGAGACUGGCGAAGUGUGUGUCUCAUGCUGCACAAUUGGCAACAUUUUUUGAUGUAGAAGAAACAGCAAAACUGGUGUGCGGGGAAAGGCUCGGUUGCGGUAGAGUUCAAAUAGAUGAGGGGCAACUUGAAGAACACGGAGUAGACGAAUUCAGAAUCUUCUUCAAAGAAGUAUGUGAACUCAAACAUAUAAAGGAAGCUGAAGACAACCGUUUUGACCAUCGAAUGUCGUCAAGUGUACUCCGCGAUUGGAAGAAGGGCAUUCGACACCUGAUAUGGGAUAAAGAAAUGAAGGCAACGCUCUUCUCCUGCCUCGCUGCUGUUGAAAAGAAUACCUUACCUACUACCUCUUUGGCUGUUGAUUGUGAUACAAUGUUGGUGAAGAUGCAACCUAUUCAACAACCACUGCACAAGAUGGCCAUCCGCCAACUGUUUCAAUUCACAUAUGCAAACUACGAGCCUUUUGAGGCAUACAUAGUGGAAGAUGAAAUCGUUCGUGCUUUAUACACAAACGAAGUUCUAUAUACUAUAAUUGGUCCAGUUGCUUGUACAGCUUUUGAUGUUGCGAUGGCUAUGGGAGGAUGUGAAGCCGUGGUCGAGAGUUUUUACAGUGUAAUGGAUACACAAAGGCAAGUUGGCCAAGAUCAUGUCACAUUAGAAGAUAGGAUCCUUGUUGACUGGGCCAUGUCCAAUGUCUUGAAAUCAACAGAUGUGGUCAAUCGUGCAGCUCGACUAUACAUUGAUGGCGACAAAGACUUUGGACUCUCACGUCACAGAGUUGGCUACUUGAACAACGCUUCUUCAGACUCCUACAUGGCAAGUCAAGUGCUAUCUCGCCUUCGAAAUGAAGAUGGACGCUAUCCUUUUUUGAAAUAG